CUCCUCAGAGAAACAUCUCUCCAUCUGAAAGAAUGGCUCCGACUUGCAUGACCGACUACUCUAAACUUUCCAACAAGGAAAAGCAUAAAUUGAGAAAACCCGUAGUGGAAAAGAUGCGUCGGGAUCGCAUCAACAACUGCAUCGAGCAGCUCAAAUCCAUGCUGGAGAAGGAGUUCCACCAGCAGGAUCCCAACACUAAGCUGGAGAAAGCCGACAUCCUGGAGAUGACGGUGGUUUUUCUCAAACAGCAGCUGCAGCCCAAGACCUCAGCUCCACAGAAAGCCCACUUUGACGGCUAUUCCCAGUGCUGGAGGGAGACCAUGAGCUUCUUAUCUGGAAACGCCAAGGUGGACGCUGUGCGUCAGCAUCUGAAUCGCUGCCAGGAAGCCCAGAGAUCAUCUCAAGACCUGGCUCACGUGUCUCCAGCUUCCCAUCAGCUUCCCAUCAAGGUGAAGCAGGAACCGUCGUGUGCUCACAAACCUCUCUGGAGACCCUGGUAGAGGAUAACGGACUUUGACAGAAAAACCAGAUGGUGGUUUUACCAUCUCUUAUGCUGUAGGAGAUACACAUCUCCAUUUCUAUGUCCAUUUCACAUUGAAGUUUUAAAUUGGUUUAUUCUUAAUAAGAUUUGUAAGACAUUUGCCUUGAGUUUUUCUAAAGGCUCCUAUUGUUGUUUGCAUUGCAAACAGUGCGUUUGCUCUGAAUCAGAGCUCUUUGUAUGUUCCUGAUGGAUGUUCGUUUGAUACAGCCUUUUGUAAAGGCUACUGAAAAACAAUAUUUGUUCUUAUGAUGGCAUUCCGGUGCUUUGAAACAUUGUGGACACUGUGUGUCUGACACUGCAUUUAAUAA